CCUCCUUUUUGUCUCCUUUCCUUCAGUGCUAUCCUCUGUGUUGCCUAACAGUUUGGAAAUAUUUCUUAUAAAUGAUGUUAGGAUAAUAAGAGUUCAAACAUAAACCUAAAAUGAGGACAAAUUCCAUGCCAUGCACAUCUCAAUCCUAUACACUGCUCUGGCUCAUCACUGGCAUAGUAUUUCACGCACGUCUCAUCAGGGCUUUGUAAAUGUGCAUCCGUGCUGAUUUACUUGCUGUUUUAGAAUUCAAGCGCUGACUUGGCUGCCCUCCAACUCUAUCUGAUAAUGUUUCUCCAAGAGGAAAUGCCUAAUACUUGCUUGCAAAUAAAUUGGUUUCUUCUCUGGGUUUGUUUUUCCUCCUUCUUUGCGCAGGUCUCUCAGGCAGCUGCAGAACUCCAGCAGUACUGCAUGCAAAAUGCCUGCAAAGACGCCUUGCUUGUUGGAGUUCCUGCAGGGAGCAAUCCCUUUCGAGAGCCCAGAUCCUGCGCUCUACUCUGAAGUCAGGGAAGGUCAUCAGGGAGCUGCCUUCGAGCAUGACAUGAAUAACAACUGCCUUUCCUUUUCAAGAACAGACUAUCUCUGUGCCCUUACUUUUGUGUGGCUAAAAUGAUCUCUUAGUAAUUUAUCUAUUUGUUCUCGUGUAUCUGUACCUCACUAGGCCAUUUGCUGAUGUUUGUAAAGUUUUUACUAUAGCUCAUAUUCUUUUCAUAAUUGUCACCAUUGUUACUACACUAUACUAACUAUACAAAUAUUAUUUGUAAUGUUUACAUUUUAGAAAAGAAAAGCACAUGAAUUUUUACCAAAUUACUUAUUUCUGUCUUGGUACGCUGUUAUGCCUGAAUGAAAGAUUUUCUGCCUACAUAAAUUACAAAGUUUGGGAAAGUAAAAAUAUUUGUAUUUUCCAAAGUAAAACAUUCAUAGAAUGAGCUGUUAAAAUGUAAAAGUAAUUGCUGUUCAUAGUAAGAGAUUGUUCUCAAAUGGAACUCUUUUUUUUUUUUUUUUUUUAAUUGGCAAGUCUUGGAAUCAGCUGCGCUGUUUUUCAAGUGCACUUAAAUGCUCUUAAAAGUGCACAAAUGACGUACUAGAAACUGCUUGACACCAAAUGUAGCACAGGCUUGAUUCUUUAAGCAUAUUUCUUGCAAAACUUUCAAUGGGUUUAAUACUUCUUCUAAUUUGUAUUCAUAAAGAUAAUGCCUUGGUGGAAAAUCUUUGACACAAGUUUAAAAUGUGACCAGACACUAAAACCGCAUGAACACAAAGGUAUUUGCAUGCAUGUAUAUGUCAAGAUUUGAAAUGAAUGUAAAUUACAAAGUUCUGCAAAUAAAAUGUGCUUGGUUAUGCGCCUUCGGUUUUUUUAUAGAGCACUUUUACAAGGACAACAUUAAUGUUUUUUACUAGUUUUUUUCAUUUUGUUUACUAUCCAUUUUUUGUAUUAAUCUUUUAGAAGUUUGGAAAUAAAAUUC